CCCUCGCGCGCCGCAUAGCCAAGAUGAAGCUCGUCAGAUUCUUGAUGAAGUGUACGAACGAGACGGUCACGAUCGAGCUCAAGACUGGAACCAUCGUCCAGGGCACAAUCGCAUCCAUCUCUCCUCAGAUGAACACCAACCUCCGAAACGCAAAAAUGACGCCUCGCGGCGGCUCGCAAAUCGCGCUCGAACACGUUAGCAUUCGCGGAAGCGAGAUCAGAUACUACAUCUUGCCAGAUUCGCUACCCCUCGACACACUUCUCAUCGACGAUACGCCGAAGCCGAAGAACAAGGCGAGAAAGGAGCAGGACAAGAGUGCUGGUGUUGGUGGUCGUGGAGGUGGACGGGGUGGACCGCGUGGAGGCAGAGGUGGUGGUCGGGGUGGUGGCCGUGGUCGGGGACGAGGUGGUGGACGUGGGUUCUAAGCACGUCGAGAUGCGUGUGAAAGUUGAGAUUGUCAUAUUCAGGAUGGAGUGUCCUGUGUGGAGUUCCGGCGCAAGAGAAUGUGUUCAGGCCGGGGUCAAAAAGGCAGGCAGGAGCGCCAGGAGUUGAACAUUGCUCAGUGAUCAAGCUGGAUACCUCGGGGCGAAUC